UGUCAAGUCAAAUCACAAGUCAAAUCAAACGGGUCGAGACGAGAAAUAACAAAUAGCAUCAAAUGUGGCAUCAAAAUAAUCAAAAUGAAAUACUGUUAUAUAAAAUAUUUUUAAAAAUUAACUGUUUAGGUAAUACGUGGUAAUACCACUGUUUACAGAGUUUUUGGCACAAGUAGGUCUUUAUAUUUGCGGCGUGAAAUAUCUAUUAUAUUUUGCUUGGUAACAUAAACUCUGGAGUUCUCUAUUCUAGUAUAUUUUCGAAUUUAUUAUGGCAAUUGAGCCAAAAUUAAAGCGGCACUGCAAAUUACAUCAGAAUUUGCAAUUUCCCGUAAUAAUAACUAAGAAUAAUUCUAUAGAAAAAGCUAAAGGUGUUUUUAAUGGAUUUUCUGUAAGUAUUGGCAAUACAGAAGACAUAAAUAUUCUGAUUUCGAUGGGAAAUUUUGGUAAAGCUAAUUUUUCAAGAAGCUAUCCCCAGUUUGUCAAGGCAAAUGAAUCUAAAAUAAUUCGUGACAGGCAACUGAAACAUAGAAAAUAUUUUUCUAUUCAAGGUGAAUUGUUAAAUAAAAAGAAACCUGACAAACUUAUAGUCAUUCCUGAUAGUGAUUCUGAGAAUGAUUAUUUUAUAAAUUUAAAACCUGAAUUUAAAUUGGAUUAUUCAGAAAUAGUAGAAAAGGUUUGGCUUUCAUUAGAAGAGGCGUUUUUCCUCUCGAGUGUUAUUAAGUGUCUUAGUGUCACAUAUAAGAAUGAAUACUUAAAUAUUGAUCAGAUGUGGGAUCUUUUUAGCAAAUUGCAACAUAAUUUUAUUAGGAAUUACUUGGUAUAUUAUUAUUAUAGAAGUAAAAAUUGGGUAGUAAAACCAGGAAUCAAAUUUGGAGGUGAUUUUUUACUUUAUAAACAAGGCCCAUCCUAUUAUCAUGCUAGCUACAUUAUUCUGUUAGAGAGUAUUGACAAAACGGAAGCAGAUAGAAACUUUGAUAGUGUAUCUUUACUAGGACUGAAUAGAUUAUGCGAAAGCACUGCAAAGGAGUUAAUUAUAUGCAGAGUCAAAUUGCCAAAAGAGGUGACUUAUAAUAAUUUAGAAAAUAUUGAUAUACAGGAAAUACUAGUUCAAAGGUGGAUUCCAUCUGAAAAACAUGAUAACUAAUUAUAUAUUUAUUGGAAUAUACUACU